CAAAAUCAAAGAGUAGUGGAAAAAUCAAACUUUAUUUUCUUGACUUUAAAGUUGACCUGUUGUUAUAAGAAUAAGGAGAAACUAAAACUAUCCACAUUUAAAGAGUUACCUUUGGGGACAAAUAAAACGUCAUCAAGGGCCAGAUUUGGCCAAAGGGCCUUAAAAUUGACAUUUAAAUCCAUCCAGUCAUCUGUGUGAUAUUUUGCUAACAGACACGACAUUAUUAUCACGUCUUUGCCCUUUUUGUUGGCGGGUGAUAAAAGUCUCGUAACUCCGAGCUUCUUCGUGCGCAUGCGCAAAGUAGAGCUCUCCUUGACAGAAGGACGCGUGAGGUCGCAGCUCAACCAGAGAUGUGCUCCACAUGUUCCUGGCUGCUGGAUGGCGCGUUACAUAAGAACCUCAGAAGAAAAUAACAACUGGGCUCCGUUGUCUCGGCGCGCGCAUCAUCCAAUCCACGUGGGUGCGCGCAUCUCAAAACUCCCCCCAACCCCCCACACAUCAUCAUGCAGCGUCCUGAUGUGAAGGUCUCGGAUGCUGAACAGCCCCCAGCCUCGCUGCCUGCCMGUGGAUAGCUCGGUUAUGAAACGCAGCGCUGCGCCGGGGAGCCCGAAAUGAAGCGCGGCGGCUCCGAGAUCAGGUGAACCGAGGAGGAGGAGGAGGAGGAGUAGGAAGAGGAGGAGGAGGAGGAAAAAUCAUCUUCCAGCUCUUCAAAAUCUCCCCCCGAACCUUUCUCUUGCGCUCCCCUCCGAGGAGAACCGACACAGCCUUUCAAGACGGAGGGGGUAGUGGAGCAUCGAGGGAAAAACAGGGGCAACAUGAAAGAGCGGGACUUCAUGCCCAACAUGGAGAGAGGCAAACCUGCGACUUACACGGGGGACAAAAAGGCUAAAAUGGCUGCUAAGACGAACAAGAAGUGGGUGAGACUCGCCACCGUUUUUGCCUACGUCCUGUCGGUGUCCUUAGCAGCCAUCAUUCUGGCUGUUUACUACAGCCUGAUCUGGAAACCGACCGGCGCGUCCUCCGCUUCCAUUGGGAAGCCCGUUGGGCCCGAGGAGGUCCCCCCCACCGCGAACAGCUCCUCGGUGUCUCCGAACAGCUCCGUGUCAGAGUUGAACUCCACGCAGACCAGGCUGCUGACCGUCAAGCAGGGCUGGCUGGGCACAACCCCGCGCAAUCUGGCGUUUCAGUGGGACGAAGGGGUGGAGAGGGUCGCCACGGAGGAAGGGCUACACGCGCCCUCUUACGGACGCACGGACAGAUCGGACACGUCUCCAACACGGAUCCCGUCCAGCACCGCGGAGUCCGUCGCUCCUCUUAUCCAGGAGGAAGAGGAGGAGACCUGAACCCUGAGCCUGACCUGAGGGGAGGCUGAUCCCCAUGCAUCCCUGAUCCUCUGACUCCAAACCCCCCUAAAAACAUGGAGUGUUUUACAUCCUCAGUGCCGCAGGUCGGACAACACAAAGGUUUUUCUGCGUAAAAACUCCACAAUGGAUGCUGAAGUGCACAUUUUUGCUUUUAUGACUGAGAAAAGAGGACCUCACUGUUUUCCCCUUUGUUUUAUUCAGAACAUCUGUAUGCCUUAAAAAUCAGUUUGUGUCUAUUUUGCCUCGGACACUUUUUCAAGUUUGGAUAAAACUGGGUAAAGUAAGGAUUUAGAGUCGGAAAAAAACAAACUAAAAAAGGGUAUAUUUUUGGUUUUGCAAGACCUAAUWUGUCUCACACGAACAACGCUUUAAACUACUGCCAUUUAUUAGCCGGUUCAGAUUCAUACAUGCAUUAUUUUAAUAGAAAAUGGGUAGAACCUGCAUUAUUAAGUUAUGCUCAGGUACAGUAUGUGCAUAUAACCAUGUAAAUGUUAUGUGUAUUUGUACAUUUAAGACAGGCAUACAUAUUUUCGCCUUGACUAACUUUUAGUGGAAUUAGGUGAUUUUUAUUAAUGUAUGAUAGAUAUAAUUAUAUCACAACGUACAAAUAAACAUCCUUAGACAAUAA